UGUACAUUCAUACUUGUCCAUGUGGGGCUCUUUAAAGGUGCCCAGAGGAGCUGAUAACAGCGGUGUGUUUUGUGUGUGCAGGAUCUUGAAGUUUCUUGUGGCCAAGAGGAAGUUUAAGGAGACGCUGCGUCCGUAUGAUGUAAAAGAUGUCAUAGAGCAGUAUUCAGCUGGACACCUGGAUAUGCUGGGCCGCAUCAAGAGCCUGCAGAUGAGGGUGGACCAGAUAAUUGGGCGAGGAACUGUUCAGCCAGAUAAGAAGGCGCGAACCGAAAAGGGAGAGAAGACGCCGCCAGAACUGGACUCACUGGAUGAGCUAAGCAUGAUGGGACGUGUAGUUAAAGUGGAGAAACAGGUACAAUCCAUAGAGAACAAGCUGGACCUCCUGCUCAACUUCUACUCCCAGUGCCUAAAGAAAGGCUCGUCCCACUUCACCCUGUCCUCCCUCCUGGACCCCGACCUGACAUCUGACUACCAGAGCCCCACGGACCAAAGAGACCUCUUCCCCUCUGCCAACACGCUCAACAUCUCCCAAUCCGAGAGCGGCAACUUGGAAUGACAGUGAGCCGACUGUCUGAGCGCCAGACACAAACCCUUUACAGUACGUCUUCCUCAGGCUGAGUCCUCGGCCUAAAUGUCUUGUCUUCACUUCAUUUCAUUUACACUCUGCAGUGAUUUGUCUCGCCCCCCCCUCCCAUCUCAAAUCUGCAUCCUCCACCUUAGUGAAUGUUUCCAGACCUGAUAACAGACAGAGGCCACCAGAUGGCUCCACCUGACGAGGAGCCUCAGCCAAAGCUGCUCACCGCACACGCCUCUCAGCCCACUAGAUGAGGACGGAGACGAGGAAAUGACACAUGAACUAUUACUUGACUACUGAACCACUCUCACCCACUCACCUCAUGCUAUAUAAUCUAUGCCUACUUUAAAGCUUCAGCUGUAGAUAAUCAGACUGUGCGUUGAAGUUUUUCAAAUCUCUGGAGGAAUCUUAUCUUUUCUCCCCGUCAUCAUUUCUUCUUCUUCUUUUUUUUUUUCUUGGCUGCUUGACUCGACUUACUGAGAGUUUUCUGACUCUGCUGACACAGACAGCUCUGCAAGUGCCAUGCCAGUCAUUUUGUUCAGUACUUUGCCAGUCAUAGUCGUGGGGGGGGGGAUGGCGUCACAUUUCUUCAUACUGUGAUGAAUGUAAUGGGUCCCACCUGCAGUUUUGCAUUCUCACCAGACAAACUAAUAAGCACUGAAGGAGCCAGACGGAAAGUGCUUCCUUGCACCUGGACGGGCAGACUCAGCUGACCUCGCCAAACGGUACACUGUCUCACCCCAACAAGGGAGUUUUAAAUGUGUAAACCCUGCUUUAAUAGCCCAAACGGAGCUACAAGAAUGUGUUGGACUGACUGGUGUUGUUUGUUUUGAUCUCCCUUUCUUUAAAGUUUGAUCUCGAACAAGCCCACAUGCAAAAAAAAAAACCCAAAACGCAAUACAUAGUUCCCUGUUUGGCUGGCAUUCAAAUGAGGAAUGGUCCUACUUAUUGAGGAUUUAAUCAAGCCAAAAUGUUCUGUCACAGGUUCAAACUCCCUCCUCUGCUCCUUGACUAUUUCAGCAUCGUAAAGUUAACGUGCCCUUUAAACCUCUUUUGUCUUGCAGCCCACACUUCCUGACGUGCAUGCUGUCCCGUAGAUAAAAAAACCCCUCACAGAUCCUCACUUUCUCAUCAUGUAGCCUCAGGUCAGGUUUACCAUUUCAGCUGGUUCAGGCAGUCAGUAAUACUUCACAGCCCUUCUUAACACGAGGGUACUUCAUCAGAUGUCACUUGCAGAUUAUGCAGGAACUUUUUGGCCAGUUUUGUGCAGUUUUUAAAAGAAAACCAACCUGUCAGGUCUAAUGCAUGAAUUCCAGACCUUUAUCCUCAUGAAUGCACGUGUCUUAGGAAACAGUUCCAGCCUUACAGCUUCAACACGAAGACAGCGUGCAGGGUGCCCAAAGGUGUUACUGACUGUCUUUGCCGGUGCACUUUACUCUCUUCCGUCUUUUCUGGUUUCGUUACUUGUUCGCUCUCUAAACGCUUCUGUGCUGAUGGACAAAACUGGAGCGUGCACACCUGCAAACACACAAACGAUGAAAGCGAUUCCUUUACUUAAAAAAAAACAACAACUUGGCACUUGACAAAUAUAACACGUGUUCUUUUUUUGUCAUGUCUAAUUGUAUCUUUCAUUUGUUUUUGAUUUCUUUACUGUAAUUGUGUUCAUACAGUUGAUUUUAUGCAACCUAGAGCAGAAAAAUGUUUUGUUUUUUUAAUGAUUCUGGUUGUUAAAGUGAAAGUAGGAUUUAAUUUAAUAUAUUUAAUUCAGCUAGAAAAUGAUCUUUAAAAAUAAAUGUAGCAUUUUUCUCGAGUUAAAUCACGGACGGCUCAACUGUAAACCACACGCAGCAGCGGAUCAGGUUCACGCACAUGACUUGCAGAGCUCGUGUUUCUUUUUUUUAUUCUAGAAAUGUCUUCCGAUAAUUGCUGCCAGCUUCGAGUAAGAAAACAUUCAUCACACUGCUUUUGGCCAGUCUAAACAUUUCUUCUGUCCCCUCAUUUAUUUGGUCCAGUCAAGCCAGUUGACUCAGGUGCUCCACUUUUCCAUUUAAGCCAAGCCCCGACUUUUAAACAGUGAAUGUACUUAAUUGCUCGGUGUUUUUAGAUCUAUUUAUGGUCUGUCGCUCUUGCUGCCAGGACAGCGACAGAACUCGCUGUUGGCGUCAUACGAGUUUUUGCAUUCAUUUCAUGGAGAAAUGUUAGUUAGUUGAAUUCUUUGGCCUAGAUUGUAGCAGAGACGCCCGUUUAUUAGAGGCGUCAACAGUGCUGUCACUUCAUCGUCACGUGGAAUGUUGAGCUUCAUGAAAACGUAUGUGAGACCACUGUAUUGCAUGUUGUUGUUUCGUGGUGGCCCCAGUAUUAGAAGAAACAAAAAAAAAACUAAACUUAAGGUUUUCUCCUGUAGAAUCUUGAGUCAAGACAAGAAAGGAAAUGACCUGUGCCUUCUCUGCCCUCGUUCUGUAACUGAUAUGGUACAGCUUUCUAUUUUAAACUUAAAUAUUAAACCUGCUUUGAAGUAUUUCGUAGGUGUAUCACGUGAAGAUAGCCUUGCUUCUUUUACCUUUUUUUUUUUUUGAAAAACCUUAAACUAACUAAAGACACAUUAUCGAAAUUGUUCUAAAGAUUUUACGACUGCUGCGAACUUUGAUAUUUUCUGAGAGUGUUACUACUGUAUGUUCAGCACAUCGAUGUACCUCUACCAGGACCUCCUCGCAUCGACGCCCUCACUGUAUUAUAACACCUGUCAGAGCUGGAGGCGGGAGGCAUGGACAUUUGUUGUCACAGGAAAGUCUGCAGGCAUGUGUCCUUUCAUAAGCAUGUCACAUAGAUCCGAAUGGCUUCCACACAACUACCUCUGAGGCCACUAGGGGGCGCUAGUCUAGGAAAACCGAGUAUGAGAAACGGUAACUGAUUGUCUAACUGACUGAAUGCUAUGCAUGACUCAAUCUGCACGUUCUCUUUUUUCACUUCUUCUUCUUCUUCUUCUUCUUCUUCUUCUUCAUGACGUCCUACCAUCCAUCGUUCACUGACUUGCUGCCAUUUGACAUUCCAGCUCAUUGCUUUUUAACUGCUCUCUUAGGUGUUGGAACUGUUGUUAAAAUGAAACAAUCAAGCAAUAAGCAACACGCUAACCUGUCAAAGUCUUCCGAUUCUAAUUGAUGUCGCUACUGGUUGAAUAAAACAUGGCGCUGAUUUAUUUUCUAAUCUAAUGCACACCUCUCUUUGAUCUUUUAAAGAGGUACAAAAUUGUAUCUGCUGAGGAUAAAAUUAGAUCACUUGACUAACUUAUUAAUUUAUUUGUUUCAAUAAAGCUAUUUGGACUGUA